AUUCUCGUGUACUUGGGUGAAUACUGCCAGAAACUCUAUAAAAGGAAGAUUUCCUGGCUCAACCUCUCCAUCCUUAAUUGGCUUUCAUCUUUAUAACUCUCAUUUUUGUUAUUCUCCAUGCUCAAAGUUUUGAUCGGCCAGAUGGACAAGGGAAGAGGCGCUGCUGCAGUUGUUGCCACAGUUCUGCUGCUGGGUCUGCUCCUCAACAGUGAGAACGCUUGGGCGGCUACCUUUACUGUUGGAGAUGCUUCCGGUUGGAAAUUCAAUGUUGAUGGUUGGCCCGAGGGAAAGACCUUCAAUUCUGGUGAUGUACUAGUGUUCAACUACAACCCAGAAAGGCACGAUGUGGCGGUUGUGGACAAACAAGGUUAUGAUGCAUGCAAGGCAUCCGAAGGAGCUACAAUAUUUCAGAGUGGGAGCGAUCAGGUCACGCUUGUGAAGGGACAGAACUAUUUCAUUUGCAACUUUCCUGGGCAUUGUGAAUCUAAAAUGAAAAUAGCUGUCAAUGCAUUGUAACUUAAGCCAAAGAGGUCUUCUUUUCAGUGAUACAGAAUGGACUAAAGUUCAUAUAUUAAUAAGAAUAUAUAUUGCUCUGGGUUCUAAAUUCA